AGACACGGAUAUCCAUAUCGAGAUUUUAGACGCAUUUAAUUUGGCGGGAGAUUUAUGUUGAAUUUUGUCAAUUUCUGAGAUUAAUCACAAAAAUGGACAUUAGAACAAGGGUAAAAUCACACAAAAGGAAAAAAUUCGAUGGAGCAGAGCAAUAUCCACAUGUCCUCCAGUUUUAUUCUGUUCCACCAACUGAAACGAUUUCUUUACAAGAAUUUGAAGAGUUUGCUGUAGAGCGAUUGAAAGUUCUGAAGGCAUGUGAGACAGCAGGUAUUAAACAUAUUCGUGGUACGGAAGCUUAUAAUGAUCUUCUUCAUAAGGAAAUAAGAAAAACUAAAUUGAGGAAUAUUUUAAAGACAUCAGGAAAGGAGAAUUUAACAGAAGAUGAUAUUUAUGGAAGAAAACUGGAUCAUAUUUCUCACUUUAUACUGAGAUUAGCAUAUUGUAGAUCUGAGGAACUGCGUCGCUGGUUUUUACAACAAGAAUUAGAUUUAUUUCGAUACCGGUUCCAAAAUGAAAGUAUUCAGGGUAGCCAAGAAUUCCUGAUUUUAAAUAAUCUUGAUUAUACACCAAUACCUAAUGAAGAAAAAGAGAAGAUAAGUGGAGAAUUAGCCUAUUCUAUUAGUUCAGGUCACGUUUCUACUGCUGAUUUCUUUAAGGUUUAUUUCACAGAUGCGUUAGAUUUGGUGAAAUCACGUAAAGUAUAUUUAAAGGGAGGUUAUGCGUAUGUUGUACGAGAUGAUUUGAUAUCUAUAUUACUGUCUGUAUAUAGAGCUAAACUCUCCAAGGCUUUAUCUCAAACAUCGAGAGCCUUACCACAUUUAGAAGAAGAUGAACGUUUAUUGCCGAUGUUAUGUGGUUUAAGUAAGAGAUAUCUGGGUCAAGAUUAUACGAAUAAAAAGCCGUCUGCAGGUCAGAUUACAGCAGAUAUGAUUGAAGUGCUAUCCAAGAAAUCAUUUCCAUUAUGUAUGCAACAUUUACACCAAGUUUUAAAGAGAGAACAUCAUUUAAAACAUGGAGGUCGUAUGCAGUAUGGCCUUUUUCUCAAAGGUAUAGGAAUGUCAUUAGAAGAAGCCUUGAAGUUCUGGAAAAUAGAAUUUGUUAAAUUGAUAGAUGGAGACAAGUUUGAUAAACAAUAUGCGUAUAAUAUACGUCAUAAUUAUGGUAAAGAGGGUAAGCGAGCUGAUUAUACACCGUAUAGCUGUAUGAAAAUUAUAAUGUCAAAUGCACCAGGACCAGGAGACAGUCACGGUUGUCCAUUUCGUCAUACUGAUGCUGAGAUGUUAAAACAGAAAUUACGAACUAAUGGAUUAAGUAAGGAUGCUAUUGAAGAAGUUAUGACAACAACAAAGAGAGGUCACUAUCAGUUAGCUUGUUCUAAAUAUUUUGAAUAUAUCCAUGGUGGUGUAACUGGAGACGGAGAUGUACCAAACUUUCAACAUCCUAAUCAAUAUUUUGAAGAAAGUCAAAAACGAUUAAAUGGCGAUAAAGGAAUAUCUCAAUCCACUCCUAAAACACCUAAAAUUGUACGAAGAGUUCCUGCUAAUUCACAAAGUACACCCUCACAAAAUAAGAGCCAAUCAACUGCACCAACACAAAAUUCAAAUAUUGAUGAAUUAGAUGAUGAUUUUAUGAUGACAGAGGAAGAAAUGGGUUUAUUAGAUCAAGAAACAACUAAUUAAACACAGAACCCUGCUCAAAAACAUCGAAAAACAUAAAUAAUUGUAUAUAAAAACUAAGAAUUAACUUCAACAUGGAGAAAAAGAAUUCUUGAAAAUGUCUGAAACAGUAAUAUGUAUCUAUUUGUAAAGAAAGAAUUAAAUGUUGAUCUAUCUAAACUAA